GCUCAUAGACCUCUUUUGAGGCCUCUUCCUUCCGUAUUUGUGUCUGUUUUUUGUAAGAAAAAGAAGGAUCUAAAUGGACUACGAAAGGAUUCACAAAGUUCAGACUGGUAUAAUAUCUCCAAGUAAAUUAAGAAUGAAGCUGAUAGGGCAGAGGAAAAAAGAUGGAUCAAACAGCAAUUCCUCAAGAACUUCGCCUACCAAGCUUGAAGAUUCUGAAUUUGUCAAGAACAGCUUGUUGGCUACCCAAAGUGGUGAUUUUGAUGAGGAAGCUUCCAGUCUUAAUGUUUCAUCCGUUAAAUUGUCUGAAAAUUCAGUAUCUACUGCUGGACAAGGUGAUUCCAUUUCCUGCCAGCCAAGUGAGGCUAUGCCUAGGGGAAAUUGGGAAGUUGAUCCGGUCAAAACUCAACGAACAUCUAAGGGAGAAAAUGCUAAUUGUAGUGCAGGACACCCAGGGAGAACAUAUGAAGAUGAGAAUCUCGAUUAUGAUAGUACCUCGAGCUUUGAGUUUCAUAGAGGCGAAAGAUUGCAUCACCAUGGUGUCACGAGAUCGUUCUCAAGGCCUAUAUCGUCCAAGUGGAAUGAUGCAGAGAAGUGGAUAAUCAAUAGGCAGAAUGUGCCACCUGGUCAUCCCAAGAAGGCACAUGUACACAAUCAAGCAAGUCGUUUACCAGUUCUUAACAUGGUUAGAGUUGCUCCUGAGUCUGUGAGUUAUGAGAAUAAGUUAGCUGUCAAACGGGUUGAUUUCUGUCAACCAGCACCACACCUGGCAUUGGAGAGGUUUGAUCCUGUUGCAACUGGAUCUAAUCCUGUUUCUGUUGAAGAGAAUGGAGCAAAUUCUUUGAUUGAGCUGUGCCCAGAAAGUAAGGAUUUGAUGGAGGUGGAUACUAAGAGUUUAUCAUCUACAAAGAGCUCAAUAGAAAAUGCAACAGGUGUCUCCACUGUGAGAUCGGUUUCAAUGAGAGACAUGGGAACGGAAAUGACCCCAAUUCCAAGUCAAGAACCUUCCAGAACUGCUACUCCUACGGGUGCAACACCAUUGCGUAGUCCAACAUCUUCUAUCCCAUCCACUCCUCGACGAGGAGAGCCAGCACCGACUCCUACAGAGCACCCCAAUGAUGAUGCAUCUCAGCAUUCAACUGGAAAUGGAAGAAACGAAAUGUCAGAGCAAGAACUAAAGCUCAAGACAAGGAGAGAGAUUGUAGCCCUUGGAGUCCAACUUGGUAAGAUGAAUAUUGCUGCUUGGGCUAGUAAAGAUGACAAAAGUCACUCUAUGGCUGAAGCCUCUGAUGCAGAUGAACAUGAACGAAUCGAAUAUGCAAAACGAGCAGCUGCUUGGGAGGAAGCUGAGAAAACAAAACACACUGCGAGAUUCAAGCGUGAAGAAAUAAAAAUCCAAGCAUGGGAAAGUCAGCAGAAAGCAAAGCUUGAAGCAGAAAUGAGGAGAACAGAGGCUCAAGUUGAGCAAAUGAGGGCACAAGCCCAAGCAAAGAUGGUAAAGAAGAUUGCAAUGGCUAGGCAAAGGUCGGAAGAAAAACGAGCAGCAGCUGAAGCUAGAAGGAAUAGGCAGGCAGAAAAAGUUGCUGCCCAAGUCGAGUAUAUUCGCAACACUGGUCGACUUCCAGCAUCUUCCUUCAUCUGCUGUGGUUGGUCGUGAUAAAAUUGAGAAAUUGCCAAUAUAGUAAAGAAGGAUUUCAAUAGAGUAUGUAUAAAAAAUAUAUGGUUACAAUACAGUUAGUUCACUGUAGUUUAUCCUUCUAUACUUAAAUAUGAUCUUCAGAUUA